AUGGUUGAGUCUGUUAUGAACUUGACUAUGGCUGUUGAUUUAUCGAAGGUGGAACCGCUAAAUAAGAAACAUAUUGUUGCUUUUGUCAAUCAUUUUUUAAUGAGGAAUGUGGAACUACUGAACAGUUUUGUGUCUAAUGCAGAAACAAGGAUCAUCGAACUGGAGAAACGUAUGAGUCGAGUGGAAGUUGACCUGAAACUUCUGGAAGUUAGGAUUGACAGUAUCUCGGGUUUACCACUGAUUACUUCCAGCAAAGAAGAAUCAUCCGUGCCCACUAAAACUUCUGAAAAUUUGGUCCCUAAUAAAAACCGCAUGAAAAAUGAGACAAAAGUAGCUGGUAUGAAUUCAAAGUUUAUGACUGAUGCAGAUAAAAUAGAAGUAGCAGAUUCAAAAGAAUCAUCUGGAGAUGCUAAACAUUGUUUUCAUGUUCGGGAUGAUCCUCGUUAUGCUGUUUAUUUCAAAAUGCUUAGAAUGGGUGUUCCUGAAUGUGCAGUAAAGCAGAAAAUGGUAAGCGAAGGAGUUGACCCUACUCUUCUUCAAACACCGGAUGCAGUAACCGACGUGCCUCAGAAUAUGCCUACAGUUGAACAAGAAGUUGAAGAUGAUCACAAUUCUACAUCGUCCUUGAGUGAUGAUUGA